CCUAUCGUUUAGAUUGCAGUGCAGCUCCAAGUAAAUUGAUGUGAACCGUAACCGAAACCGUCGAUCAUCUUACGAUUGAAUUCAGGCGAAAGUAGCAUCAAGUUCUUCAACCUCGUAAAAGAACAUGGGGACGCGUCUUGAUCUGAGGGACGUGAAAACUUCUACUGGUAGAGGCGACGCGGUGCCAAAGCAUCCUCUGAAAGCAGGCACAUCCCAGAACAAAACUGUUACUCCACGUAGUCGUAGUGGAUUUGAAGCGACCAGACCUCAUACUAGCUCUUCUAGUGGUGUACAACAAGGUAAGGGUACUUCUGGCGGAGUAGCAGGAGCUGUGAAUUCAUCUAGUAGAAACGUUAUUUUUAAGUCUAGUAGUGCAACAGCAACUGCAGGCUCUGCCGCGUCUGCGACGCCAGCAGCAGGCAAGCAAGCCGCAUCCUCAUCUUCCACCGCCAAUAGAGUCUCUUCCAGUAGUGGCUUCGGGUACAACUGGCGCUCUAGGGAAGACCGUUUGGCAGAGGAAAAAAAGCGAAGCGUGGUGCUGAGCGAACGACGCACUUCGUCCAGUCCAAGAAAGAGCAGCAAUCCCACACAAUUCCUACCAGGUAUGGAUGAUGUUUUUUUCAAUUCAUCUUACGACCAUCCUGGCACGAGGACUCAUUCUAUUAAGGUGGGUGAUAAGGUAGUAGAGACAAGACUGCCAGGAUGGUCUGCCUCGAUGGAGAAAAAGACUACGAACGUCCAUAAGAGGCGGGCGAUCGUCUUUCGGAAACGACGUAGUGAUGGGUGGAGAUAAUCAAGUGGAUAGCGAAUUAACGAACAUCAUGGGCUUGUUGAAUAACGCUGCUAAUAGCGCCUCUGGGGGUACCUCGAAUAUCACGUUAUGGCGAUCGCGGCUAUUGUUUUUUUGGGAUAUUUUUUGGGAUAUUGUUUCCAUCUCGUGGUCCUACAGCUACACCUACGUACAAUAAUAACUUAAGUUCUUGUAAGUACAAUAAUACAAGAACUAUAACUACAACUUAAGUUCCUUCUUGUGGGUACAUACUUUCUCCGAAUUCUGCUCUUCUAAUCUCUGGCGAGUUCAACAUUAGUGUUUCACCGAGGUCUCGUCAAGUAGCUGCAGGAAAAAACCAAUCGAUUGAAGAGCAGCUCAUCGGCGCACUCAAGGCUAAGGUGCAGAUGUUAGAAAACGAAAACAAACUACUCACGACUCAAGGCGUCUCUUCCACCGCAGGGGGACAUGGCGUUGGUGGAGCGCAUCAUGGCAGCAGUAGUGCAACAACGACAACUACCCACUCGUCUUCUCAUCAUCACCAUCAUGCUGCAGGUCACUCUAGUUCUCCCGCUGCACCGUCUGCUGACACUUUUCUGAAGCCAGGAUCAUGGACGCCUGCUCAUACGGAAAAGCUAGUUGUCAGUCUUCAUUCUGCGGAGACCCGUGCUGCCGAUCUCGAAGCAAAACUCCACGAAUUGACCCAAAAGCAUGGCCGUACAUCAAGAGAGCUUGAGGAACAUGCGGCUGAUUAUGGUUGGAAAUUAGCUGAAUUGCAACAAUUGGUUGGAUCUGUUUUCUAAAGAAGUUACUAUCUCAUCUACAUGCUGCAAAUUGCGUCAUAUUAAGUAUACCAAACAAGAAUUUGCAAGAAGACGUAGACGCUGGUCAUCUAAGGUACAACGAUCCUUCUAAGAUCAUGUAUUCUCUAAAGUGUAUGGUUCUGGUAUUUGGUAACCUGAAUUGGAUCGCUAGGGUUCUCUUCUUGUUUCCCUUAUGAUCAAAAUCAGGGUAGGGUUACCAAAUAGAAAUACCAGAGCCAUUCACAAAGUACAAGAAUCCUUCUAACUUGCACUCGUGACGCGAAAAGCGAAGCAUGAAGCCGACGUUGCAGAACAUCGUAGGGUGACCACACAUCUAGAACAGACCCAUCGAGAACAGGUCAGCAAAACAGAAAAAGCACUGGAACGAGAGCAGCAUUUGGGCACGCGCUUGAAAACACAAGGGGAAGAUUAAGGCUCAGCUUUCAAUGGUCAUUGGGGUUGGUCACUGAGAUCCCUCUUGAGAGAACAGGGGAAAAUGAAGGAAAAGCAAAGGGAGAGGCAUGGGGCCCAUUUCUGUCAGAGUCAGUGACCAUUGAAUGCUGAGCUUUAAGAAGAAGUGCAUUACCUCAAACAAGAGGGCUUGCAAGCUACCAGGCGCAUCACGGAACUUCAAGCGGAUGUCAACUUGCUUUCCACUGUUAUGAGCAAAAUGAAAUGAUACGUACUCUUCACCUUCAGAACGAAUUGAAAAAAGGAGAAGAACAGAAAUGAUCCAAGAAGAUCAGUCAAUAGUGAAAUGUUCUUCCAUUUUUGCCAUCGCAAGAAAACUCUCCAUCCUCUUCUAACGGCAGCAAAGAGCGUAUCGAAACAGAAUUGCAAUCUCAACUUGCUGCGAAAACGGCCAAAAUGGCCUUGCUGGAACAGGAUGCAAAGGAAGCUGACAUCCGUGACACCCAUAGGCUCAAGGAAUUGCAGAAGUUGGACGCUUAUCAUAAUUAUGAAAGGUUGAGGUGAACUAGGGCUUCGACGAGUAGUCGUAUAGUAGGUGGAGCAGAAUGCUGAGUGUAUCAUCUAAAGAUUAAGAUAUAGGAUGGGAAGAUAGUCAAAUAGAUGAAGUUCUCUUCUGACUCAAUUAAGAUACAGGAUGGGAAGAUACUCAAAUACAAGUCCUCUUCUGAGGACUCAGCUUCUCGUUCUGGACUCAAAUACAAGUCCUCUUCUGAGGACUCAGCUUCUCGUUCUUCCCAGUUUUCUUUCCUCUUAUUCUUCUAAGGUCAAAAUGUCCCCCUCUCUCUAAAUUCCAGCUCUGUUGAUGCCUGCCAGCGAAAGUCUUUUGUUGAAGCAAUUGCAGGAACUCCGCAGAGAGCACAAUCAAAGCCUCACUGCUCUGCAGACACGGGUGACUGAUAUUGCGGAAUUGAAUUUAAGACCUCUAAUGGAAGACAAAAGCCUGAUUAUCUACCUCUAAUCCAAGAUUAUCUACCUAAAAAGCGAACAUAGAAAAGUGGUUUUUUUAGCCAAAAACCGCGCAUAAAGCCCCGGGAUCAGUUGGGCAGUGUUCGUCUCAAAAUGGAAAACUUUCAUUCUGAGCCGAAAGCGAAUAACGUACAAAAAACGGAAAAACAGGCGAAAAAACCACUUUUCUAUGUUCGCUUUUGGCAUAGUGUUACUCCGUAUUUAUCUACCUCUAAUCCAAGACAAAUGCCA